GUAUUUGUUAGCUUCACCCUACGCGAAGGAGGUGCACCCUCUGUCUGCCGUCUCUCUUAACGAUCCAACUCAGUGCGUAGGUGUCUGUAGGAACUUGUACUCCAGAGGGUUCCCUAUAUCUAUCCAGCAGCCUACGUUCGUCGUGUUGUCGAGGCGAUCCAGACUCUAAAGCAGCCGGUCUGAUUAAUUUCAAGACAAGAUCAUACGCACGGGCUGUGCCAUCCCACCGCACCCCACCUUGAUCCCGGCCAACCUUUCCCCUCUUGUUGCACUCUUUCUUUUCGACGACCAUCAUGUUCAGUUCGCUGCCGACGUCCAUGGUCUCCACAUUGGCCGUCAUCCUCACGGGCAUCCUCUCCAUCUCCCCUGCCUCCGUCUCUGCAUCGAUAUCACCCGCCGCGUAUCCUCUGGCUAUACGGAAUCCAUACUUCGCGACAUGGAUCAGAGCAACAACGAGUUCUGGAGCUUGGCCAACUACAGCAGGAGGUACCAUUGACGGCUGGGAGGGAUAUGUCGCUGUCGAUGGCCAAAACUAUCAGUUCCUCGGCCAAGGUCUAUCAACGUAUGCGAAUAACACAAAUUUGACCGCCGCAACAGUAACACCUACCAGAACGACGUGGACCAUGAAGGCGGGGAACAUGGAGGUCAAUGCCACAUUCUUCAGUCCUAUCGAGCCCGGAGAUUGGGCUCGCCAGUCAAUUCCUUUCGUCUAUCUAUAUUUCGAGGCAUCAAGUUUGGACGGAAACUCUCAUAGUGUGCAGGUCUAUGCCGACGUUUCUGCUGAAUGGAUCUCGGGAAAUAAGAGCUCACUUGCGACAUGGGGCACGACAAUAGACACCAACAGCGUUUAUCACGCCGUCUCACUGCAAUCGCCGCAAGAGUUCAGCGAGACGAGCGAGUUGGCGGACUGGGGAACUCUGUACCAUGCGAUGAAGCAGACAUCAGCACUCACGUACAGGACGGGCGUGGAUGCAGACUGUCGCACCAUGUUCCAAUCAAAGCAAAAGUUGGACAACACCCAAGAUUCAGGUUAUCGCGCUAUUGACGACUCAUAUCCCGUGUUCGCCCUCUCCCAAGACCUCGGCACGAUUUCCUCCACCUCGCAACCCAUAGUUUGGGCACUCGGCUACGUCCAAGACCCUGCAAUUCGCUACCAAGAUCUGGAUGGGUCGAACCAGGACCGCGGGCUGUACUACAACUUGAACUACACCUCCGCCGAUGCGCUCAUCAAUGCGUUCCUGGAUGAUUUCAGUGACGCGAAGAGUAGGGCGGACACGUUGGAUGCGAAGAUCUUGGGCGAUGCGGGGGGCAUCAGCAGCUCGUAUGCGGAUUUGAUGAGCUUGAGUGUAAGGCAGACGUUGGGUGGGAUGGUUUUGACGGUGGCGAACGGGACGGAUGGAAAUUACAAUUCAAGUGAUGUUAUGAUGUUCAUGAAGUCCGUCGGCGACAGCAGCGAGAACCGAGUGAACGCCGUGGAGACCCUCUAUGCCGCCUUCCCCAUGAUCAUGUACAUCGAUCCGACCCUCGGUAGACUCCUCUUAGAACCUCUCUUCCGCUUCCAGGCUUCGUCCAAGUACACCAAUGUUUACGCCGCCCAGGAUAUCGGCUCCUCGUAUCCUCUCGCCGCUGGAAGCACUCAAUCACACACCCAGAGGAUCGAACAGUCGUCGAACAUGAUUAUUAUGACCUAUGCUGCUGCGCGCGCUACAGGAGACGGAAAUCUUGCGUUCAAAUACUAUGAUCUUCUCAAGACUUGGACGGACAACUUGGUCAACACAACGCUUUACCCUGCUGCGACUGAAACUUCAGCCGAUGCUGAAAGUACAGGAAACAGCACCAACUUGGCUCUCAAGGGUAUCAUCGCGAUCAAGGCCAUGUCCGAGCUAGCAAGUGCCUUGGGCCAGAGCAGCGACGCUUCAUCGUACUCUAGUACCGCAUCGAGCUAUAUCAACACGUGGUCUUCCCUCGCCAUCUCAAGCUCGAACUCCCUCUUACUUUCCUACGGCAACUCCGGGUCCUCCAGCUACGGAUACAACAUCUUCGCCGAUCUAUGGCUAGGCACCAACCUCGUCUCAUCCACCAUUCUCUCCGGCCAAACCAGCUUCAUCGCCUCCGCAUCCACCGACUCGUCGAAGUACGGUCUCGUCGUUGACAGCUCUGAUCCUAUCUCGGGCAAGAGUUAUGCGCCGUGGAACAUGUUCGAAGCUGCCAUGGUCGGAAAGAGCAGCACGAGCGCGAGGGACCAGAUGAUUACCUUGGUGCACAAUUUUGCGUCGGACAAUUCGAACACAGGACCGUUCGCAACAGUUUACGACCCUAGUAGUGGUGCGGAAAGCUCGGGAGUGGGAAGUCCGGCUGUGGGUGCUAUGGCUGCGCCACUUGCCCUCAAUGUUGCCACGAAGGACAUCACUUACUCUUCAACUGGUUCUUCCACCUCGUCUUCGUCGUCAUCUUCCACAAACGCAGGUGCCAUCGCCGGUGGCGUCGUUGGCGGUCUUGUCGGCCUUGGUGCCAUCGUGGCCUUUAUCUUCUUCUUCCGCCGCCGUCAACGCAACACAUCCACAUCUGGCCGCGGACCAGUCACGCUCGAUACCUCAGCCUACUCCGGCCCUAUCAUGACUCCCUUCGAGAUGGCAGAGGCUCCAUAUGCCGACUCUGACAACACCGAUGCCGCUUCGAGACCUACUACAGGCAAAGGUUCGGUCGUUCCAACGCAAACAGCGCGUGUGACUCCACCAGGAGGGUAUAACAGCGCUUCGUAUCCUCUGAUGCCGAUGUCCGUGUCAACUUCGGACGGGAGGUCACGGUCAGCUUCUGGAUCUGCGUAUACUCCGAGUGCACCACCGUCAGAAUCGGCACCGGGAGGGGCAGGCCAGACCGCGACGGGAACUGUGGUGACGAGUCAGAUGGACGCAGCAGCGAGGAAGAGGGCAGAGGCUGGGUUGCCGCCACUCACUCUACAUGGGCCUAUGAGCCCUACGAGCGACGUUGGCACUUCUGCACUGCCAGCGGGGAUGUACUCGUCUCAACGGCCAGGCUCGUCGCACACUGCUUCAGGCUCGGGAUCACAACCAGUUGAUGGCCCGCAGGACGAUGGGUUGAGGACGGAGGUGGAGAGGUUGAGGAGGGAGAUGGAGCAGAUUAGGGCGGAGAGGGAGAUGCCUCCAAUGUACAGCGAUUGAUUGUGAAUGAUUUUACUCCCUUGGAGGACUCUGGCUCCUGACCUUUCCCUUUAUUAUUCUUAUGUUCUUUAACCCUCGUUUUCCGCGUUCAGUGUUGCUACGCUCAUGAUUUCUAUGUUGUGUUCAUUGCCACACUCCUUUCUGUUCCUCGAGUCUUGCUCCUGGUGCCCGUUUGGGCUCUGAUUUUACCCUACUGUCUAGUUAUACCUUGCUGUCCUUUCCUACCGGUUUCCUUGAUCAUGAUGACUAUUUAUUAUGCUAGGUGCAUACAAUACGAUUGAGUACAUCUCACAAAACAGAUGGCGGUGCAUUCUUUCACAGAGAAUCGACUGGAGCGUUAGCCACGCCGUUGAAUUUGAAUUUUGCCCACCCAAC